AUGAUAGUGUUUCUCGGAGCGUUUUCAGCAUGCAUGAGUGGAGAGGUUGAUAUUGGUCUUUAUCUGGCUGAUUCUUCGUCUGAUUUGGGCUUCUUCGUGUGUAUAUAUAUAUCCAUUUCUCCGGUUGACUGCACUCAUUCAUCACACCCCCCUACCAUGCUCCGAUUAAAACUGUUUGGAAAAGAAAAAUCGUCCGAGGAGGAGGUGGAGACGGAGAUUGGUGAGGUUUUGGACGUCUCGGACGUGCCGGAGAUCUCUGAAAUCCCCCCCGAUGUAACUGAGUACGUUGCUCAGCAGCUGGGUACUCCUCCAAACGACGUGGACGGCUCAUAUCCCGCAGACGUUCUGUUUAUGGCGGAGAAAUUUCUGCUCAUGUCCGAGAAUGAGGCGAUUGAAAUUUGCACCCGCAACCUCAAGUAUCAUGAGUUUGACCCCAACUUCCGCGACUCGCAUAAGGACUUGUUGGCGGAGUUGUUGAAGUCGUUCAACGGUUCCGGCGAUCCCGAUGAGGCCGCCUCAGACGAGAAAGACGAGAAAGACGAGAAAGACGACCUGGACCCGAUUCAAAAAUCCAUGUUGCUUCGUUUCUGGGCUACUUUGUUCCACUGGUGGUCUCCGUACCCCGAAGUUCGCGCGGUGACAGACCCGUUUGACGACGACAGCCAGACGUGUUUGACCUGGCGGGUGUUGCUGCUGGGCACCAUCUGGGUCGGAGUUGGCGCGUUUGUCAACCAGUUUUUCGAUCCCCGACUGCCUGCAAUCACCCUAUCGGCUUCCGUUUGCCAACUACUGCUCUAUCCCUCCGGACGAUUGUUGCAAUACUGUCUGCCGGACUGGGGGUUUUCCAUUCGGGGCCACAGGUUCACACUGAACCCUGGCGAAUGGUCGCAAAAGGAGCAACUUCUGGCCACGGUAAUGGUCAAUUGCGCCAACGGAACCCCCUACGUUGCUGAAAACAUCUUCAUUCAAUACAUGCCCAUGUUCUACAACCAGAAAUGGGCUGGAGGGUUCGGCUACGGCUUUUUGCUCAUGCUGGUGACCCAGUUCAUGGGAUUUGGACUCGCUGGACUGCUCAGAAGAGUGGGAGUGUACCCGGUGAUGGCAAUGUGGCCCAGCAUUCUGCCGACUCUGGCGGUCAACAAGGCUUUACUGGCCCCCAAUCGAAAAGAAUCAAUCAACGGAUGGACCAUCACCCGAUACCAUUUCUUCUUUCUCGUUUUUCUAGCCUCCUUCCUUUACUUUUGGAUCCCCAACUACCUGUGGACCGCCAUUUCCACCUGGAACUGGAUGACCUGGAUCGCGCCCAAUAACGCCGAUCUGGCCAUCGUCACGGGCUCCAUCAGCGGAAUGGGAUACAACCCAAUCCCCACCUUUGACUGGAAUAUGAUGAACAUGCUCAUUUCGCCCAUUCUCACCCCGCUCUACUCCUCCAUGAACCAGUAUGUGGGCAUGUUCGUGUCCGGACUCUUCAUUCUGGCGGUGUUCUACACCAACAACAACUACACCAAAUGGCUGCCCAUCAACGAUAACACCCUGUACGACAACACGGGAAACCCGUUCGACGUGACCAAGAUUCUGACCAACUUCAUUUUCGAUGAAUCCAAGUACAAAAAAUACUCUCCGCCGUACUACUCGGCGGCUAACCUGGUGCUUUACGGCGCCUUCUUCGCCCUCUACCCCAUGGCGUUUGUCUACUCGGUUCUGUGCUACUGGAAACAGAUGGGCAUCGCUCUGAGAGACACGUGGCUGUCGCUGCGGUACAUCCACCGGUCCAACUAUGAGGGUUUGGACGACGCCUUUUCGCGGAUCCAGAAAAAACACAAGGAAGUGCCCGAUUGGUGGUUCUAUGCCAUUCUGCUCAUCAUGUUUGGACUGUCCAUUGCACUGGUCGAACAUUGGCCCACAGACACGCCGGUGUGGGUCAUUGUGCUGUGUCUGGGAAUGUGUCUUGUUUUCCUGCUGCCCUUCACGAUUUUCUACUCCAUUUCCGGAGUUCUUCUGACCCUCAACGUGCUGGGUGAACUGAUCAUCGGCUAUGCUCUGCCGGGCAAGUUUCAGGCCCUCAAUACCACCAAGGCCCUCAUGGUCCAGAUUGCCGACCAGGCCAUGAACUACACCACCGACCAGAAAACGACCCAUUACGCCCACCUGCCUCCCCGCAGCAUCUUUAUGAUCCAGCUGUGGGCCACUCUGGUCAACGGACUGGUCUGCCUGGGGGUUUUGCAGUUCCAAAUGUUCAGCGUCAAGGAGAUUUGCACCAAACACAACUCCAUGAAGUUCUCCUGCCCUAACGAAAACACCCUGUUCUCCGCCUCGGUCAUCUGGGGAGUCAUUGGCCCCAAGCGAAUCUUCGACCACCAGUAUCCGGUGCUCAAAUGGAUGUUUCUGCUGGGGGCAGGAGUCGGGCUGCUUUUCUGGGCCUUCCAGUACGGUCUUCCCAUGGUGUUGGUCAAGAGAUACCCCGCCAGCAUCAAAAAGAUCCUCCGGUAUCAGCGAAUCGUCUCCAAGGCCCAUCCGCUCAUUCUGUGCAGCGCCAUGCUCAGCUGGGCCCCUUACAACCUCAGUUAUAUGACUGGAGGCUUCUAUCUCGCCAUUCUCUUCAACUGGUACCUGAAAACCCGCUACCUGGAGUGGUGGAGAAAGUACGCCUAUGUUUUCUCGUCGGGAAUGGACACCGGAGUGGCUCUCAGCGCCAUCGUCAUCUUUUUUGCCGUGGAGUACAACGACUAUGGUCUGAGUUGGUGGGGCAACAAUGUCUCCAGUGCCGGAGUCGAUGGCCAGGGUAUUCCCAUUCCUCCACUGCCGGAUGUUGGCUAUUUUGGUCCUGGUCCGGAUCAUUAUCCGUGA